AUGGAGUUCCCGUUCGAUGUGGACGCGCUGCUCCCGGAGCGGAUCACGGUGCUGGAUCAGCACCUACGGCCCCCGGCCCGUCGACCCGGAACCACAACGCUGGCUCGGUGACAUCUCAAACCCGCCCCAUGGCCCUUCUCUCCCCGUCCCUCUUGAAACCUGGUCCAGGAACCACGCCCCCUCCCAUUGAAUAGUAGCCGGUCGUUUUGAUGUCCUGACCAGCUCUUGGUGACUUCUGACCUUAGACCUAAGGGUUUAUCAGUCUUGGAACUGUGAUCUUUCACCCCAUUAAGUGGUCCCACCGAAAGGAUGUGGUUGACCCUUCCUGCUUCACCCCAGUUAUCUCCAGGGAGGAGGGAGUGUACCACAUUAGAAAAAGUGUUGACCUGCAGCAGCAAAUUAUGACCAUUGUAGAUGAACUGGGCAAGGCUUCUGCCAAGGCCCAGCACCUUCCUGCUCCCAUCACCAGUGCAUCGAGGAUGCAGAGUAACCGCCAUGUCAUGUAUGUGCUCAAAGACACUUCAGCCCGACCGGCUGGAAAAGGAGCCAUUAUCGGUUUUCUCAAAGUUGGAUACAAGAAGCUCUUUGUCCUGGAUGAUCGUGAGGCUCACAAUGAGGUAGAACCACUUUGUAUCUUGGACUUUUAUAUCCAUGAGUCAGUUCAACGUCAUGGCCAUGGGCGAGAACUCUUUCAACAUAUGUUGCAGAAGGAGCGAGUUGAACCACACCAACUGGCCAUUGAUCGACCCUCACAGAAGCUGCUGAAGUUCCUGAAUAAGCACUACAAUCUGGAGACCACAGUCCCACAGGUGAACAACUUUGUGAUCUUUGAAGGCUUCUUUGCCCAUCAACAUCGGCCCCCUGCUUCCUCUCUGAGGGCAGCUCGACAUGCUCGUGCUGCUGUGGAUCCCAUACCUGCUGCUCCGGCAAGGAAGCUGCCACCCAAGAGAGCAGAGGGAGACAUUAAGCCGUACUCCUCUAGUGAUCGAGAAUUUUUGAAGGUAGCUGUGGAGCCUCCGUGGCCACUAAACAGGGCCCCACGCCGUACCACACCUCCAACCCACCCACCCCCCCGCUCCAGCAGCCUGGGAAACUCGCCAGAACGGGGCCCCCUCCGUCCUUUUGUGCCAGAGCAGGAACUGCUGCGGUCCCUGCGCCUCUGCCCCCCACAUCCUACCGCUCGCCUUCUGCUUGCUACUGACCCUGGGGGCAGCCCAGCCCAGCGUCGCCGCACCAGGGGAACUCCCCCAGGGCUGGUAGCCCAAAGCUGCCACUACAGCCGCCAUGGGGGGUUCACUUCCUCAUCCCCUGACACAGGCAAGCAAGAAUUGAAGCAGGGGGAACAGGAAACAGAGAAUAGGUCUGCCGAUGAGGAGCAGGUCCCCUCACAGGACGGCUCUGGGGAGGAACACAUGCACACAGUUCCCCUACAGGUCCAGGCACCACCUGCCCCUACUUGGACAGUAGGUGGGAACAUGUUCAACGCCAGGUUCAUUCGAAACCUGCAGGAAGGUCGCAGCACAAGACCUUGGUGACCGCAGUUCCCUCCCAUACCGCCAAAGACAGUAUUAUUUUUCCCUCACUACAAGAGACAGCCAAAGCCCCACGCGUAUAUGGAUGUGUUCAUUCAUUCAUUCAACAGCCUUUUAAUCAUUUGUAUCUUUUUUUAAUAAGAGUAAUAAAGGUAUUUAUUUUAUCAC